ACUUAUGUAUUAAUCAAAUUUUCUUACUUCCUCUCCUUCAAAGACCUCGCCAAAACAUCGUAUAAACACCAUCCCCUCUUGGCCAAACCUUCUCAAAAUGUAAAAGAACAAUUUCAGUACGAUCAAAAGUGAGGAAAUAAAAAAUUAAGAGGAUGUGUUUAUUCUUCCCAUGUAUUUGGGAUGAAGUAGAAAAUGAGCUAGGAAGAAAAGUAGCACCAGGGGCAUGUCCUUACUGUGGAGGAAAAGUACAAGCUGUCGAUGUAGAAGGACGUCUCAGAUUUUGCUUUCUCCCCAUUUGCUUUAGGUUCAAGAGGAAGUAUAUCUGUACUCUCUGUUCUAGGCGUUUGGUUUUGUAUUCUUGAUCAAAAGAGAUUUAGUUUCCUGUUGUGUUGUAAUUUAUCUAAUUUUUGUAAAAUAGAAAGUAGGAAGGUGGUAUAUAUUGUAUUUUUAUCAACCUCCUUGAGGAGGUUUAGUUCUUUCUUCUUCCUUUUGUUUUUUUGGUUUUGAUUUUGUAAUUGAUAGGCUGCUAUUUGUUUUA